AUGGUCCUUCUCUUUGAAAUCGCCAGAAAAUGGCAGUGGCUGGCCAAGAAGAGUAGAAAGGUGGAGAUAGAAGAUGAGAGUACGUUGGGUAGGUACAGUAAGGGCCAUUUUGCAGUCUAUGCAGUUGAUGGCAAGAGGUAUGUGGUUCCAUUGACGUACUUGAAUCACCCAAUUUUCAAAGAGCUGUUGGGUAUGGCAGAAGAAGAAUUUGGGCUGGAUGGGCAUGGCCCCCUUAGGCUUCCUUGUGAAGGGGAGCUGAUGGACUAUAUAGUUUCUCUGCUCAACAGGAACCCUUCGCAGCAGGUCGAGCAGGCGCUGGUUUCUCUAACAUGUUCUUCUCCCGGCGUUUGUCUUUAA